AUGGCCCUCGGGGAACAGCCCUUAUCGCCUCGCACAUGGCAUCACAAGCGACUCUUGCACGGUUUCCUGCGCUCGCUUUUUGCACGUCCGAGUACCAAACAGUCACCCGUUCAAAAACAGCCUCAGACGGUCGACACAACAACCAGUGCACCCUCAGACAAUACCCCUGGUUCAACAGUUUCGGGCCAGCCAUUGAUGGCCGGCCUUCUGCAGGGCAUGACUCCGGACCCAGGGUUGAAGAUACCGUCUUCUGACGACGCUCUUGAAGACAUGCUACUUUGGUCCCCCGAUCAUGGCAUCGACCAUGACAUGAUUCGCUUUCCCACUACACGGAAGCCCGAUAAGAAUCGCGUUUGGCGCCUUGAGGGAUACACAUCCGACGGUGAGAGCAUCCAGCUGCAUUACAAGCGCGAUCGUACUUUGGAGUUUCGAUGGUCGGUGUCAAUGUCCAAGCUGUAUCUUCGAGACAUCUGUCAAUGCAGCAAAUGCAUUUCCCCGUCCUCGGGCCAAAAGACUUUCUCGACUUGCGACAUAGCUGGAGUCCCUCGGCUGCGCGAUCCUGAUUCCGAAAGCAUCAAACUGUCCGUGGACGGCGAUCUUGAGAUCACCUGGGAGGACGACUUUCUCACCGGUGGUAAACACACUUCUACGUAUCCUCUGAAUUUAUUGACACGCGUGGAAACAUUUGAUGGUAGACUAUACUCCUCUCCUCAACCAUCACGCAUCUUCUGGAACAGUGCCAAAUUUCGGGCUGAUGUGGAGUCAAGGCUAGUUUCCUACUCAGACUGGAUGGACGGGGGCCGAGAAUUUGCGCGGGCUGUCGCCGACCUCUAUCGCUAUGGUCUAGUGUUCAUGCGUGGCGUGCCGGAAUCCCGGUAUGCCGUGCAAGAAAUCGCAGAAAAGAUUGGAAACCUUCGGUCUACAUUCCAUGGGCUCACAUGGGAUGUUAUAUCGAAGCCCGAAUCAGAAAAUUUGGCGUAUGCCAACGAAUCUCUGUGCCUUCAGCAGGACCUCCUCUACUGCAGCAACGUGCCCAAGGUUCAGAUUCUACAUUGCCUUGAAAAUGGCCGCGAGGGUGGUGACUCAUUGUUUAGUGAUGGACUGCGUACUGCCUAUGAAUUGAUAGUGAAAGACCCACGAAGCUACGAGGUCUUGAGCAACCAAAUGAUUGGCUUUCACUAUGAUAAGGAAGGGCACUACUAUUGGAUGGACCGCCAUGUAAUACAGUCGAAACCAUGCGGAAGUCCUUUUGGGGUAGCCUGGUCACCUCCUUUCCAAGGUCCAUUUCGCUUUAGCAGUCACCGAAAGCCCCUCAAGUCAAGAAAGGGCCAUGAAAAACAGCGGGUCGAGUCGAUGUUUCAGGGUUGGAGCAAAGCUGCCAGAGCCUUCAGAGACGGCGUGGAGUCUCCUGAAAACAUGAUCCAGUAUCGUCUGCAACCAGGCGACUGCGUCAUCUUUGACAAUACGCGGAUCUUGCAUGGGCGGACACGAUUCGACGGGACUGGCGGGCGGAGACAUCUGCGCGGCGCAUACAUCGACAAUCAAACAUUACGGAGUGCCUUUAUAGGCCUCUAUGAGAAAGAUUUGUUGAUGCCAGAAGGCAUCACGAAAGAAUCGUGGAGAAAAGAAAAGGAGAAAUCUCAGAGUCGCCUGGACCUGGCAAGUCAUCAACCAUGA